CAAAGAGUGAAGCGGUUGCAUUCAUUAUGGCACAUCAAGUGCAGCAGAUGCUCGUUUUUUCACUACUUGGGUUGGCGUUACUUGGAGUGUUCCCAUUGGUGGAAGCAUGUGACAUUCCCUGCACCAACCGCUUUGGCAAGGAGAAAUGCUGCGAUGAUAUUGCUCCUAAUGAGUUUCCAACCUGCCCCCCUAUGCCUCGAGUUCUGAUUGACUGCAGCGACAAAAAUUUGUUUGAGAAAGAAGUACAAGUUCAGACAUGUACGAGUGACAGCAACUGCAAAAGUGAUGAGAAAUGCUGCAGGGACGUCUGUGAUCCGAAGCUCAUCUGUAUGCCUGGUAUCGUUAACAGGGACUACCUGUUCUAAAUGCGGGAAGAGAUGUCCAUAAUUAAAACGCAAAGUUCAAAUAAAAAUAUCUGGUUA